AUGAUAUUGAUGCAUUUUUCGAUAGUAUUAUUACUAUUACUUCUUAUAAGACCGAUUAAAACUCUAAUUGUUCGAGCUAGAGUGAGAAUAAUAAAAGAUUUUGACUACAUCCCAUCACAACCAAAAUUAAAAAUUGGUUCAGUUUUUAAUUCAAAAUCAUCUUACUUGUAUUGUAUUUCAAUAUGUAAUCGUCACUCGACUUGUCGAACAGCCACAUUUAAUAUAAACAAUAAUUUGUGUUCAAUGUACGAAGAUAAUGAUAAUGUUGGUAAAUUAAUCGUCAAAGAAAAUUCAACCGUAUUAGCAUUUAAUUAUUGCGAUAAACCUGAAGAAAUUGAACCAUAUUAUAUUUGUAGUGCAACUGGUUCUGCUCAAUUGCUACAAGUUCAUAUUAAUCAAUUAAAUCUAUUAGAAAAAUGGUCAACAACAAGUGGAGGAGUAGUAUUUUAUGAAAAUUAUUUUUAUUUUGAAGAUAAUAAUGCUGAAGUAUUAAAUGUCUAUAAGAUGAAUGGAAAUAAUAAAAUAGAGCUAAUGUGGACAAAACAUAUAGGGUGGCCUGUUGGAAAUAUAAGGACAAAUAAAAUGGGUAAUUUAUAUAUUGUAUCAUCUACAGGUCAAGGAAAAGCGAUUAAAUUAGAUUCAGAUGGGAAUAUAUUACAAACGUAUACAAUACCAGACAUUGAUGGAUUAAUCGAUGAUGUUGUAAUAUACAAUGGUUAUCUAUGGUUUAACAAUGAAUUAAAUUCAGUUAUUGUCAAAAUUAAUGAAUCAAAUGGAGAUAUUAUUCAAAAAUAUAAUUUAGAACCAAUUGCCUAUAGUCUAACGUAUUUUAAUCAACAGUUUUGGACAACAGAUGCUACGGGAAUAAUUUAUAAUUGGAAUUAUAAUAAAAAUGUAUUGACACCCUGGAUCAAUGAUUUAAAUUAUUUUCCAAUAGAUGAUAUUGUGGCAAAUGGCUUGGUACAAGACUAUGGCGGAAGAAGAUAUGUAUGCAAUUAUGAAAGAAUACCCGAUCCUAAUUUUGAGAAUUUAUAG